UCAUGCGAACGAGCAGCGGACGCAAUCCACCUCCAGACUUUCGUUCGUCACACUAAAAAAUUCUCAACUUCGACGACGACAACAGGAGAGAGAGAGAGAGAGAGGAGGGCGUGUACUCUGUAGUUUUGUACCCGGCCAAGAGAAGGGAGGACUCGUUUGCAGUGUUUCCCUCUCUCUCAUUCUCUGGAUCCUCAUCACAGCAGCAGCCAAGAAAGAUCCUUCUUUCCCACCAAUACGAAAGCGGAGCCGAUCUUCUCACGCUUCGGAAAACGCAAGAUAUCAGCAGCUUGAUUUUAAAUCCACAUCUCUCUGGAUCGUCAUAAUCAUCCUCUUGGAAUGUAAGUACUUUUCUUUACUCCCCAAUCCCUAUCCCGCCUUUCAUUUUCACUUAGAUUUAGGUUUCGGUGGGCCAUCGCUCAUUCCCAAAUUGCUAGGAUCAAUCUACCCUAUUUCUUCACCCAACGGCCCAUAUUGAUUCUCCUUUUCCCUGAUUCCGAUUGGGGUGGCCACGGGCUCUGAUUAGGGCCUCUCGGCAUCGUUAGGGUUUGUAAAUAUGAUCAAACAAAUACUGGGGAGGCUACCCCGGAAGCCAUCAUCAAAAUCGACAUCCCCCAACAAUCAAAGUGUGAACAACGGGGAUGCUGGUUUCGGAGCUGCUUCGUCUGUAAAUCCAUCUCACGGGCCCCACUCCGGUGCUGGGGCUCAUUUGUCUUCUAACAACUCCAGACCGAAUUCCGUUCCGGGCAAGUCUUCUUCGAAUCAGUCCUCUGGUAGUUCCGCCCCAAACAAAUCGAAUCAAAGCAAGAAAUCCCAGGCAGGCGGGCCUGGCAAUGCCGCCACAGUCACCCUGUCCUCUUAUGAAGCAUUGCCUGGCUUCCGCGAUGUGCCAAGUGCUGAGAAGCAGAGCCUGUUCAUAAAGAAGCUCAAUAUGUGCUGCAUUGUGUUUGACUUUGCGGACCCCAUGAAGAACCUCAAGGAGAAGGACGUGAAGCGGCAGACACUGCUUGAGCUUGUCGACUACGUGGCCUCUGUCACCACCAAGUUCAACGAGAUCACGAUGCAGGAGAUCACGAAGAUGGUGGCUGCUAACCUGUUCCGGACGUUUCCUUCGUCAGGCCAUGAAGGCAAGAUCCCAGAAGCUUUUGAUGCGGAGGAGGAGGAGCAGGCGAUGGACCCUGCAUGGCCCCACCUGCAGAUCGUCUAUGAAUUCCUCUUGAGGUUUGUCGCGUCAUCGGAAACGGACGCCAAGCUCGCGAAGCGGUACAUUGACCAUUCCUUCGUGUUGAGGCUGCUCGACCUGUUUGAUUCCGAGGACCAGCGGGAGAGGGAAUACCUUAAGACGAUACUCCACCGCAUCUAUGGGAAGUUUAUGGUGCAUCGCCCUUUCAUCAGGAAGGCCAUCAACAACAUCUUCUACCGCUUCAUCUUCGAGACGGAGCGCCAUAAUGGGAUUGCGGAAUUGCUCGAGAUCUUGGGCAGUAUAAUCAACGGAUUCGCUCUGCCCUUGAAGGAAGAACAUAAGCUGUUCCUUGUCCGGGCAUUGAUCCCACUGCAUAAACCCAAAUGUGUGUCAAUGUAUCACCAACAGCUGACAUAUUGCAUCACUCAGUUUGUGGAGAAGGACUUCAAGCUGGCAGACACGGUUAUUAGAGGUCUACUGAAGUAUUGGCCAGUCACAAAUAGUUCGAAGGAGGUGAUGUUCCUUGGUGAGCUUGAGGAAGUUCUAGAAGCUACGCAGGUGGCAGAAUUCCAGCGUUGCAUGGUUCCAUUGUUCCGCCAGAUUGGCCGAUGCCUAAACAGCUCACACUUCCAGGUAGCAGAAAGGGCCUUAUUCCUCUGGAACAAUGAUCACAUACGUAACUUGAUCACUCAAAACCGCAAAGUGAUACUGCCGAUAAUCUUCCCAGCAUUAGAGAGGAACACCAGGGGCCACUGGAACCAGGCUGUCCAGAGCCUGACGCUGAAUGUGAGGAAGAUCUUUACGGAUGCUGACGCAGAGCUGUUCGAAGAGUGCUUACUCAGAUUCCAAGAGGACGAGGCCAAGGGGAGAGAGAUACAAGAGAAGCGGGAAUUGACUUGGAAGCGCUUGGAAGAUGUUGCAGCAUCCAAAGCUGUCAGCAAUGAGGCUGUACUAGUCUCUCGGUUAGUCUCCUCUCUCAGCAUGGGGACCACAAGCCCACGUGCCACAGUUGGUUGUUGAGUUUCGCGUGCAGAUUCAACAAAUUUAGAAGCUUCAGUACAGUGACCUGGAGUUUGUUUCUUAUAUUAUAUUAUUGUACAAACCAACCUGGAAUGAUGGCACUAAUGGUGAUUCUGUGGUUUCUCACUCAGGUUGGUAGUCUUUUAUCUUUUUGGGUUUUCAUUUUCUUCUUUCUUAGCAAUGGAAAUGUGUGUAUCAUAAGGGAAUUAUUAUAGAGGAAGGCGUCUCAGCGGAUUUCCUGCA